AUGGCGGCUCAAAAUUGGUUCCGUGCGGCAAUCGUGUCGAGUGUCUGCCUCGGCCUCGCUUCCGCUGCUGACAGCUGUACCGGAACUACCACCGUCAGCAGCAAGGCCGACGCAACAUCCCUGGCCAGCGCUUGCAAGACCUACUCGGGAACCGUCGCCGUCGCCACCGGAACCUCUGACGAGAUCGACCUGGAAAUCGAGAAGAGCUCCUUCGUCGUCGCCAACACGAAGCUCACAUCGCUGGAGGGCGGCGCCGACGACGCCGUGCUAGAGAACAUCAACGUGUCCUCCAACAGCGACCUCGAGGACAUCACCUUCGAGGGCACGCACGCCAGCAACAUCACCAUCGGCGCCAACAGCGCCAAGGCCGAAAUCUCCUUCCCGCACCUCAAGGAAGCCGUCGACAUCGAGAUCGCCAACGCCUCCUCCAUCGACCUCGCCGCCCUCGAAUCCCUGCCCCGCGGCGCGCUCCACAUCUACGGCGGCGACCUGUCGAAGCUCGACCUCGCCGAGUUCCGCGAGGUCAGCGACGGCCUCAUCCUCGAGGACCUGCCCAAGCUGACGGAGCUGUCGGCUCCGGAGUUCACGCGCAUCAUGGACCGCGGCGCGCUGACCAUCAGCAACACCGGCCUGACCGAGCUGUCGCUGCCCAAGCUGCAGCUGGUCUUCUCCUCGCUGUACCUGUCGGGCGACUUCAAGACCGUCGACCUGCCGCUGCUGACGUCCGUCGGCGGCGACAUCUACAUGAAGGGCGCCAGCGACUUCGACUGCGAUGCUUUCUCUAAGCAGUUCAAGGACAUGGCUACCGACAACGGCAAGACGUUCAAGUGCGUGGCUGGCGACGACUCGGACGACUCGGAUGCGCAGAGCGCGAAGCCGAGCACCUCGUCGACUUUCAGCUCCGCGUCGGCGUCGGGAAGCAGCAGCAGCAGCAGCAGCACUGCUUCUAGCACUGCCUCGGGCACUUCGUCGAGCGCUUCGUCGACCGGCACUGCUGCGAGCGCGUCGGGCUCCGCUACGCCGUCUGCUGCUGCGAACGACAACUCUUCUGCUGCAGCAUUCAAGGUGGGUAUGGCCACGCUUGGAGGUGUUUUCGGUCUUCUGUCUUUCUUGUUGUGUUAG